AUGGCUGUUAUUGGAACCGUUUUUGGUUUCCUGUUUCUCUUUUCUUCUGCUUGGACUGAAGAAACUCCAAAGGGACCGAAAGUUACACACAAGGUUAGUUUUGAUAUCACUAUUGGUGGUGAGCCAGCUGGCACUAUUGUAAUUGGCCUCUUUGGUAAGACAGUGCCUAAGACAACAGAAAAUUUCUUCCAAUUAGCACAAAAACAGGAAGGUGAAGGUUACAAGGGAAGCAAAUUCCAUAGAGUUAUUGAAAACUUUAUGAUUCAGGGUGGUGAUUUCACUAAAGGAGAUGGAACUGGUGGACGGAGUAUCUAUGGUGAAAGAUUUGCAGACGAAAAUUUCAAACUCCGCCAUUAUGGUGCUGGCUGGCUAUCUAUGGCCAAUGCUGGAAAAGAUACAAAUGGAUCCCAGUUCUUUAUUACUACUAUUAAAACUCCUUGGUUAGAUGGCAGACAUGUAGUCUUUGGAAAAAUUUUGGAAGGCAUGGAUGUUGUUCGGAAGAUUGAGAAAACACAAACUGGUACAAAUGACCGUCCUGUUAAAGAUGUUGUGAUUGCCGACACUCAUACUGAAGUUGUUUCAGAACCUUUCAGUGUCUCUAAAGAAAGUGCUCAAUAA